CGGCUGUGCAGCGAACGGCGCCCCACCCGCAUGCUGAACGAGCUUCUCAUGAAUCGUAAAGAGCGCACUGAAAGUUCAGCAUUCACUUCGUGAAGGACCGGAAAAUAUAGAAAAUUUACUUAAAACGCAUUUAAACAAUAUCGCAUAAGCAACGCCGGCUGUUUGACAUUGAGGUAUAUUGGAAACAAUCUGGAAACAAUCCGCAACGAAUACCACUGCUUUGUACAGCCGACUGAUGCAAAAGCAAUUUAUAUAUCAUAAGUCAUCUUGGAACAAAUGAAGAGGUCAUUCAUCAUGAAGACAAUAUUCCAGGAUAUUCUGAGGGCAUUUGCUCUGCUGCUUGUGUCUGAAACAGUCACCUCAGUAGUCAUCAUGAAUUCUACACAACUGGAGGCUAUGCUCGAAAAAUACAUGGAGGCUGAUGGAAACAUCUGGGCGUCCAAGCCGAGGAGCAGGAGAGCCAUCUCUGAGAGUGACAUCCAGGUCAUCCUCGAUCUGCACAAUAAGCUUCGUGGACAGGUCUAUCCACAGGCAUCAAACAUGGAGUACAUGGUGUGGGAUGCAGAGCUGCAGCGGAGUGCAGAGGCCUGGGCCCAAACGUGCCUGUGGGAACACGGACCUGCUGGCCUCCUACCACAGAUCGGGCAGAACCUUGGCGUUCACUGGGGCAGGUACCGGCCCCCGACGUUUCACGUCCAAGCUUGGUACGAUGAAGCGAGGGACUACAUUUACCCCUACCCACAAGAGUGUAACCCUUACUGCCCCUUCCGCUGCACGGGGCCAGUCUGCACUCACUACACACAGCUUGUGUGGGCGACCAGCAGCCAUGUGGGCUGUGCGAUCAACGUGUGCCACAACAUGAACGUCUGGGGACAGAUCUGGGCUAAGGCCGUGUACCUGGUCUGCAAUUACUCGCCGAAGGGGAACUGGUGGGGUCACCCACCAUACGAACAUGGCAGACCCUGCUCUGCCUGUCCCUCUAGCUACGGAGGAGGCUGCAGGGACAACCUAUGCUACCAAGAUGCGGGAGACCGUUUACCCCCUGAAGAAAGAGAGGAGAGUAACUACAUUGAACCAGAAGCUUCCAGAAGUCGAGAGACUUGGCUGAGGUCUCCAACAGCAUCUCCGAGGGAGGAUUUGAAAAUGAAUCCAGUGGUCAAUACACAGCAGAUGUCACAGCUGGUGACAUGCGACACAAAGCUGCGAGAUCAAUGCAAGGGAACCACAUGCAAUAGGUAUGAAUGCCCUGCAGGCUGCCUGCACAGCAAAGGCAAAGUCAUAGGAACUGUUUACUAUGGGAUGCAGUCCAGUAUCUGCAGGGCCGCUCUGCAUCAUGGUGUCAUAGACAAUGAGGGCGGCUGGCUGGAUGUCACCAGGCAGGGGAGGCAGCAGCAUUUCAUAAAGUCCCACGAACACGGGGUGCAGUCUCUAGGAAAAUACCAAAGUGCCAAUUCCUUCACAAUAUCCAAAGUAACAGUGAAAGCGAUUACUUGUGAAACUACCGUCGCACAGCUGUGUCCCUACGAGAAACCAACACGCCACUGUCCCAGGGUUUACUGCCCGCGAAACUGCCUGCAGUCGAAUCCCCAUCGAGCCCCAGUCAUCGGGACGCGGACGUACUCAGAUAGGUCCAGCAUAUGUCGAUCAGCCGUCCACGCUGGGGUCAUCCAGAGCCAAUCCGCAGGAUACGUAGACGUGAUGCCCCUGGACCAGAGAGGACAGUACACUGGCUCGUACCAGAACGGGAUCUUCUCCGAGAGCAAGCAAAAUCCCACUGGAGGCAAGGCGUUCAGGGUGUACGCAGUGAUCUGAUUCCGAGUGGUGAGGGGAAGAAGGACCUCCAUCCAUCACGGGAUCUUUGCUUGGAUGGAGUCUGGAGAUGCUUCAUCGCCCUCAUCCCACUAAGAGCACUGGACGCCCGCACACUGUGGCUUCCCAUUGGGACAAACCAGUGCCAUUUAACUGUAAAUAUGUAUGGUGAGCUUCAGAUUUUCUGAUGCACGUAGCUAUAGUAGACUGAGAGUCUACAAUCACAUAUGUUGUUGUUAUGCUUCCAAAUACCCGAGCUGCCGUCUAGGGGUCAUGGUGACCCCAUGGUGAGUCGCCCUGGACCUCUGCACCAGGCGGGGUUUGGACUCCUUGGGUAGGGGUCCGAACCAAAGAAGAUUCAGCUCUGCCCCUUUGGACGGACAGGAGGGCGGCUCACUGGCAUGAUUGUGCUUUAACAGUGCUCUGUUAUUAUCAAAUAUUUAAAUUUUUUACUUUGUCAUAAGAGUUUGAAAGGUGGCAUAUUUACUGUUUUAUUUUUAUAAUUUCUUAUAAAUGCUGUUUACGGGGGGGGCACUGAGCUUUGCGUCAUAUUUCUGGACGGACUAGUGAUCCUGUAGAACUCUCCUGCUGGUUCGGAGGGUUUGAACCAAGGUCUCGUCCAGAUCCGCUCACAUCCAUCACAUCAUACAAACCACACCCACACAUACUAAGACGGCCCCUGUUCCCAGAUCCUUUACAUUAAAAUCCUGUAACUGGUACCAGGAUGAAUGUUCUCCAUUUAAUAAUGGUAACAGUGCUGUGUUCAUGUUACAAAA